AUGAAGAUAGGAUCGUUACUACCACAGAAAGAUGGAUCGACAAAUACUAAAGGCAGCUCGAAUAUUGAAGAUGAUGAGCUUUUUCAACCACCAAGCAUCAUCAAGUUUCUCUUCGAAAAGGAGACGUCCGACAAGGAAACCACCGAUCAUCAAGAGAAUGGAAUGAGUUACACUGCCAGCGACAAUAAAGAAGACACAAGCUGGUUUGGUUGGCCCGCCCCGGGACAUACUUCAGUGCGCAAAUCCCCCGCCCUUAGCAGCCCAUCCGCUCCAGGAAGCCCAAGGUCUUUGAAUCGGGGAAAUACCCCCUCUGUUGUACCCCCUCAACUCGGAAAUUUGGCAACCAGAUCUGAGGCCAGUCGUGAGGGCUAUCUCGGUCUGCCAAAAAGCCUAACAUCCCUUCCCGACUCCCCUCCUAUUUAUCCUUCACAAGAAACCCCAAAACUCCCAGACAAUGGCCGCUUCUCACAAUUACAGUCUUUUCAGGAACAGAAAUUGUUCCAAAGAAACAAGGCAUAUGCGACAUGCCUCCGAUAUGCAGAGCGUACAGAAUCGGCUCUCACUCGGUUUUUGGCAAAUUAUCCAGACCAUGCUCGUACAAAGGAAGAGCUCAAGGAGUAUCGGGCGUGCAGGGCAAAGCUUAAUGAUGGAAUUCUAUUAUCUGCCCCGGAAAGAGGAAGAUUAGGUCAAAUUGCACGGAAUAUUGAGCGAAGAGAGUAUGCCAUUUCUAAAAAUAUCAUGCCAAUAACUCGAAAAAAAUUUUCGUCCCAAAUACCACCUGCUGAACAUAAUGCUCGAAAUACUGUGGAGAAAGUGGCCCUUUCUAACCCAAAUAGCAAGGAAUCUUCAUCUUUUAAUAUGGCAGUCGAAGAAUGUAAAUGUCCAACCGUCAGAGAAAGGGAGCGAAUGGCUGUGCCCCAGUCGUGUGAUCAAACCGAUGAGGUGAGCGAAGUAGAACUUGAAGAAGAAGAAGAGGAAGACGCCGAAUAUUUUGAAGAAGACUGCGAUGGCAGUGAUACUGGAAGCCAGGAUGCGUCGUUCUGGCACUACCAUGUGUACAUUUUUGACUCUAGCUCCUCGGCUGGAACAACAUUCAUCUCAACAUUUAUCAGUAAGAACAGGGCAGAAGACUGCCUUCGAAGUGAAAUUGCGAAGAUUUACACUUCCUGCAAACUUGAAGAUAGAAGUGGUCUUGAAAUGAAAUGCAAUUUCGGAGAUGGUGGCAUUCGGGAGCAAAGCUUGGAAUUUUCAUCUGGCCGAUUUGUACAGGUACGGAUUGAACGCGAGUUGGUGAAAGAGGCAAUUGUGCCCAAACAACGUCGCCGGAAACUACAAUAUUUACCAAACAAAAUCUAUAUCGUCACUGAACAUAUUUCCGUAGUGGACCCCGAAAACAUGGAGGGCAAAAACCAAGAAAUCGAAUAUUACGCGCAGUUUCCUCGCCAGACUCAUGGAAAAGAAGGGUUUAUUCUUCUAAAGCAUGCAAAUGAGCAAGCAAAUCGUGAGAUGAUGACCUACUUGACCAAUCAUUUGACGAAGGCCCAAAAAUUUGACCCUAGCUUCACUGGAACUAUGGAUACUGAGGCAAAAUUAUAUCUUCAUGAACUGGAGGAAGGAGAGCGAUUUUAUGAUAGGAAAAGUAUCGUCACGGAUAAAAAUGGGUACAGGCUUCAAGUCCGGAUCAGGGUUAUGGAGAUCCUCGUUCGAGGCCCUAGAAAUUAA